CCUCUUUUUUCUUUCUCUCCCCUCCCCUCCCCUCUUUUCCCCUCCCCUAGCGGGGCUCGCAGACUUUGGGCCAUGGAGACGGAGUCUUUCUUUCCGGUGCUAGGAAGCGAGUUCGAGGACUCCGUGUUUGAAGAGUGCCCGCGGGCGCGGGAGCCUGAGCCACUGCUGGCCUACAGCCCCAAGCGCUGCGAGCCCCAGUGGUAUUAUGAGGAAACAGGAAGCAAGGAUGAAGUUGAAAUACUCACCAUCAAGAAAUUUAGAGGGGACUUGGCGUACCGGCAACAAGAAUUUCAGAAAGCACUUCAGGAGUACUCCAGCUGCUUUGAGUUGUUGCCACCUACCAACUUUGCCAUGAGAAGAGACGUCCAAGAAGGGCAGGCUCGAUGUUUAACCCGCUUGGGAAGGCAUGUGGAAGCAUUGGAGAUCGCUGAAAAAUUGAGGAAUGGAGCCACUAACAGUGACCAUUUAACUACUGUACUCUACCUCCAGUUCACUAUUUAUUCAAGUCUGAAGAACAUAGAGAAAACAAUACUGUGCCUACAAAAACUGAUUUCUUUGCAUCAUUUUAAUCCUUGGUAUUGGACCAAGCUUGCAGAGGCUUACCUGAGUCUUGGACUAGCUUUCUCAGCCUCAUUUGCUUCAUCUCAGAAAGAAAACAGUUUUACCUCAAGUGACCAAGAAUCCAAAGCUCCCUUCCCAUCACCAAAAACAGAUCUUUCUCUACAUUUUUCCAAAUCCUUGAAUGGAGACUCUGGGUUUUCUAUGGGAACAAGUAGUAGCUGUGUCCAGAAAAGUGAAAACUCUGUCAGUCAUGUGUGGCCCGCAGCAACAGAGACCCCCUUCCGUCUGGCAUUUCAGUCUUGGGCAGAAACUCAGCUGAAGGUUUGUGCCUCAUUUGUCAGAGCCAGGCUUUUGCUUCAGCUCACUCAGUCUCAGCAGACAUCCUUUGCUUUGGAGAAGAACUUCAAGGCUCAAGAGGAAAUUGAAGACAGACUAAAAGGAUUCAGCUUUGGAGAAGAAACUUUUCUUCUGAUUUCCGAGGUUAUGAAAGAAGAUCUCAUUCCAGAAAAAAUAAAAGAUGAAGUUCAUUCAGAGGUGAAAUGUGUAGGCUCUGAAGCCUUGACUGCCCUGGUAAUCGCAUCUUCCAAAGAAUUUGAAGACAAAUGGUUCAGAAAGAUCAAAGACCAUUUAUGUCCCUUUGAAAAUCUGUUUCACACAGAGAUACACAUCUCGCCUUAGCAGCCCAUUAAAACAAAACACACUGAAAAAUCUUGUUCUGGAUUAUCUUUUUUUAUUUCAUCUGGGGCUAUGGCACAAAAUGAAACAUAGCAAAUUAAAUUGUUGUUUUUAUCUUUUUUGUAAAGUAGCUCUUCCCACUUCCCACCUCCCAAGAUUAUUUCCAUUAUAUU